UCUCUCCACUGCUCUGGUCUGGGUCGUCUGGCCGGGCCGACACGGGGGCAGAGCGGCGAGCGGGGCCGCUCCUCGCCUAGCGCCGCGUCCGCCCAUCGCGAGCGACGAAACAGCGACACUCGGGGCGAGAGACGCGGGGCUCGGAGACGAACAAGACAAAAGAGAAACCCGCGAGACAUUUUCUCUCAGGAGCGGCGAGAGACGGAGACGACGACCACGGCUCGUUGCGUCGGCCGCGUUAGACGACGGCGGCGGCGGUGAUCCAAGCGAGCGCCACUGCGCCGCGGGCCCAGGGAGUUGGGCCCUUGGAGACGCUGGAUACAGGUGCUGUUCUCUGCGCGGAGCAUGCGAGAGGGACAUCGGCCCAACGGUCCAAGUGUGGCUGCCCCGACCAUUCUCACCGACUUCGUGGCGGCGCUCGCUAAUUCCUGCUGCGCCUUCGCUUCCGGAGACAAUGCCGGCAUGCUCGAGCACCAUUUUAAUUUGACUCACGGCUGUCCCACACACCCGCUUGCCUUCUCCAUGAACACGGGGCCGUAAGGGAGAGGUGUUGGGUUUUUAUUUUUUAUUUUCCAACUUCAUUUUCAUCGGGAGAGGUGGCCACAGCGGCAGCCAACCAAGCAGACGGGCAAGGAUGGGGCCCAGCCGGAAGAGAAAUGCGGUCCAAAUCCUAAGUGGGCGUGAGCUGGGUGCCAGUUGGAUGGGGGCACGCAGCGGCCUGGAGGAACUGGCGGAGGACAAGGCCUGCCAGAUGCAGUGGGAGAGCCAGAAAGUGGAACUGCCUGACAGUCCGCGAUCGACAUUUCUGCUCGCCUUCAGCCCGGACAGGAGUCUUAUGGCAUCGACACACGUGAAUCACAACAUCUACAUCACAGAGGUGUACACGGGCCAGUGCACGCACUCGCUGGUGGGCCACCGCCGCACGCCGUGGUGUGUCACCUUCCACCCGUCUAUCAAGGGGCUGCUCGCGUCCGGAUGCCUGGACGGAGAGGUCCGCAUCUGGGACCUGCACGGCGGGAGUGAAAGCUGGUACACGGAGAACAACAUGGCGAUCGCGUCGCUGGCCUUCCACCCGACGGUGCAGCUGCUUGUGGUGGCCACGGCCAAUGAGAUUCACUUCUGGGACUGGAGCCGCCCCGAGCCCUUCGCCGUCGUGAAGACGGCCAAUGAGAUGGAGCGAGUCCGAUUGGUGCGUUUCGACCCUCUCGGCCAGAACCUGCUGACGGCCAUCGUUAACCCUUCCAAUCAGCAGCCCGAGGAGGACACCGAGAUCUCACCCGACGUCUCAAUCCGGCAGCGGCUGAUGCUGCACGCUCAGCUGAUCCGCCGAGCGCCCAUGCUGCACAACUACUUGCACAUGCCUCCGUUCCGGCCACCUGGUGGGGCGGGUUCUGGUGUGGGGGCAGACGGCGCAUCCAGCCAUGCGGGCGCUCCUGACCGAGGCUCCUCAUUGCACGGGGAUGCGGGGGGCAGAACCCCUCCUUACUCCUCCAGCAUGUUCGCUCCGACGGGCGAUGUCGGUGGUGGCGGUGGCGGCAGCAGCGGCAGCAGUAGCAGCCUGCCCUUCGGCUACAACUCGUUAAGUCAGUCUGCUUCGUUUUCGCCAAUGGAAGGGGCGAGCAGGACGUCCCCUUACUUUGUAGGUUCGUUCCAGUCACCUCGGGAGACGAGUCGUACAUCGGUCUACACGGUGCUUCGCGAUCGCUUUGGCUAUCUCACCACAUCUUCCUCGUCCACCAUGCCGACAAGCCAGGGUCACUUCACCACCGCUCCCUCCAUUCCGCUGCUCCGCUCGAGGAGCCUGUCUGCUUCGCAGCAGCGCUCGCUUCCUUCUGAGUUCAGUGCGCAGCCUCAAAGUUCAUCGCAGCAAAGCGGUGGCGCCAGCGGCGGCGGCAGCGGCGCACCGAACUUCGCGGCAUACCCAGCAACGUCGGCCGCUUCUGUGGGGCUGCCGUACUCCACUGUGCCCCAGCCCCGCAUCUCAAUGCCCCGCGCGAGUCGCGACUCUGCGCCAGCCACCUACGAGGCCGAUCAGGCGAUUCCCAGCACCAGUCGCUCCGGGCUGGAUUCUCCACCCACGCCGCCUCGUCCCCACAGGUCCGAGGGCUCGGGUCUGCCAAGGAACCUCGCGGUGGCAGGCAGCGCUCGUCAAUCAAGCGCCAGCCAGGCGAACCGCGUCAUAUCUAGCACCGGCUGGACGCGCACUGUGCUCGGGGCCACUGGCAGCGUCGCGGCCGAAGCGGAAGGCGCAGACGACGAGGAGGCUGCCUACGGCGCUCAGUCUUCCCGGCCCGACUUCACGGUCACCGCCCCCCGCCUGCUGUCGGCACUGACCGCCGAUCCUGCUGUCACGCUCCCUCCAGUUUCGGAGACCGCAGUGCAGCAGCCUGGCUUUCUGUUGCGAGACGCGGCACCAGACGGCGUCGGCGCGGCUUCGGGCACGAGCUGGACCACUGGCGCCAGCCGCGACAGUGACCGUGCAGGGGUAAGGGAAGACCAUGCCGACGUGCAGAGCACCAUCGAUAUGUACCUAGGAACGACGCAUUUAGAAAACCCAGCUCCCGCAUACCCCAGUCUCUCCGGAGACUCCACCGUGGACGACAAUCUUAACAACAACAACGGAGCGGAAUUAGAUUUUUCGGGCAGACUCCAACCGUCGCAGUCAUUUUUGGACGUUCCCGUUCAGUCUCCUGACUUUUAUGACCUACCUCAGCAGCAGCAGCAGCAUCGUGACGAGGAUGAGUCGGCAGCCAUGGGCUCUUCUUCAGGCUCCGUUCACUUUCACCGCUGUCGCGCCUGCCACAACCUCUUGACGUUCAACUCGGACGCUCGUCGUUGGGAACGCUUCUCUCACGGGCAGCAGCAGCAGCCGCCGGCGCCAACGCCGCCGCCGCCACCUCCGCCACCGCCGCACUUGUCUCCUUUUUACCCUGGACCGGACAACAGUGACGAAGGCGUUGGUGCGGGCGUAGGGGGCAUGGCGCACGUGAGCUCCUCCUCGUAUGAUGCCCCUGGCCUGGGAGGAACCGCACCUUUCCUGCCUCCACGUGGGGCCGUGGGACGCUACGCUACACCUGCUGGCCUCGGUUCCGGAAUGGAGGUCCCAUCGCGCUAUGGAAACCGCCUGGGCCUGCUCUACGGUUCUCGGCAAUUCAGCGAUCGCCUCUCUGGCUCUGGCGGCCCGGGUGCCGGAUCCGGUGCCGUAACCGCCCUGGGAGCGGGCGGCGGCGGGCCGGUGAGCGUCCGCGACGGAAGGACCAGGGAACGGGCGUACACGCGGACCAUGGAGCGAACGCAGGCGGGUGGUGGCGGCGGCGGCGGCAGGGGAGCGAGGGAGGAGACGGACGACCACGACGCGGAGCGCGACGAUCCUCUGCACAGGAGGCUCUUGCAGGCUACGGAACGUGAAACUGUCAGCCCGUCCACGGCCGCGCUCGCCCGUGCCAUCACCAGCUUCGAUGGCGUUGGGGCCAGGGAACACCCUCUGUACCCCGACCCAGCCAGGCUGUCUCCCGCUGCCUACUACGCCCAGCGGCUCAUCCAGCACCUGACGCGCAGGGACAGCAUCCGGCAGCGCGUUCUGCGCUACCAGCACGUGCGGCACGGGGAGGGGGGCGCCGCGCCCCCAGCCGUGUCCCAUACGGGGCUCAACGACGACGAUGAACCCGACGAUGGCGGGAACGAGCGAUCACGGCCGCGUGUUGCUCCCCGAUCGCGCCUGCCUGUGCCAUCCCUCGGCCGUUUCACCCCCAGGCGGUUCCUGUUGCCGGACUACUUACCUUACGCGGGCAUCUUUCACGAGCGGGGGCAGCCGGGCCUCGCAACCCACGCUUCCGUCAACCGCGUGCUCGCAGGGGCUGUGGUCGGAGAUGGUCAGUCAGCGGUGGCUAACAACAUCGCCGACAUCACGUACCGCCUGCAGUGGUGGGACUUUGCCAGCUACAACCUGCCUGAAAUUAGCAAUUCCAAAAUCAACGUUCUGGUCACCAAGUGCAAGAUCUACAACGACGCGAGUUGUGACAUCUCGGGCGACGGUCGUCACCUGGCCGCCUUCGUGCCGGGCAGCCACCGGGGUUUCCCGGAUGAGGGCGUCCUCAACGUUUACUCGCUGGCGCCACACAACCUCGGGGAGGUGCUUUACCAGCGCCGCUUCGGCCCCAACGCCAUAUCCGUGAGCCUGUCCCCCAUGGGGCGAUACAUAAUGGUGGGACUCGCCUCGCGCAGGGUGCUCCUGCAGCCCUCCACCAAGCACAUGGUCGCCCAAGUGUUCCGCCUGCAGCAGCCGCACGCUGGAGAAGUGUCCAUGCGGCGGGUGUUCAACGUGGUGUACCCGAUGCCGCCCGACCAGAGGCGUUACGUGAGCAUCAACUCGGCACGCUGGCUUCCGGAUGUGGGGCUGGGCCUGGCUUACGGCACCAACCGGGGAGACCUCAUCAUUUGCCGACCCAUCGGAGUGGACCCAAGCCUGACUAGCGAUGUGGGCUGGGACAAUCUUUACACGCUGUCAGAGGCCGUGGACUCGUUGCAGAGCCGUCGAGAGCCUGUGCGCCCUGGGUCUGCGCCGAGGUCGGAUGCGUUCAGGCCCGACCGCGAGUUGGCGCUCAUGAGCGCCAUCGGGCUGCAGCCACGCGGACCAGGCUCUUGGUCCGUGACCACUCAAGGAACGCAGACGCAGCGCCACUUCCUCAGCGCCAGCACACAGACCGACGCCGAGCACGCCGACGACGGAGAGAGGCCGGGCCCCAGCGGAGUGCGGGCCACGCGUCCCAGCGUGACGCCGGCCGAGAGCGCACACGCAGAACACGAGCGGCGGGCGGACAACGCUCCAACCGACGGCGGCCCGGACGACGUCGGCGGUGCCCUGGCACCGUCGGCGCUUUUACCCCUGCCGAGGAGGGCGACCUCUCCACCCCGGCAGGACGAACCCGUGCAGGACGUCAUCGACAGCUACGGCACGCUGUACCGGCAGGAGCGCGCCACGGGCAGCGAUUCCCCACCGCCGCAGCCUCCCGCUGCAAGUGAUGCAGGUUCGAGCACCGAGGGCAUCCUGCGUGCAGCUGGGCAAGCGCUGGUCCCCGCUGGCCUCUCGGAUUCCGUGUCGCAGACCGACUCCGAUCACGGGACGAUUGCGCCCCCCUCCGUGGCCGUCGGCUCCGGUCCCCCGUCGGACGCCGGCCUUGGUGCCGGCCGAGAGGACGCCACUGCGAUAUGCCACAGACUGACGGUGGGCGGCAUGACGGCUGUGGUGACACGUGGCCGGGUCACCACCAUGGCUUCCAUGGGUGGCUUCGGUAACGAGAUCGUGGUGAGCCACGUCAUUAACGCGAGCUCCCAGACGAGCACGGGCGCCGACGGGGAGACGGUGGGCCACGUCGCUGCGGUGCCGACCCCGCACGCCACAGACUUGCGUUCCGCCCUCGCUGCCGUUGCUGCCGCCGCACGGACCGACUCCGGUUCGUCCGUCGCGGCCGUUUUUGACGCGGAUCCCCCAAGCAGUUUGUUAGCCGCGCUUCCAGCCAGCGCCGCCGGCGUGAUUGAGACUCGUACUGAUGCUGUAAGGGAAGCGGAAGCCUUUCACUCGAUCGCUUUGCCCCAAAAUGACACGGGGCUUCAUUUUCCCAUCACUGUGACAGAGACGGACAACUUGAGCCUGGCCGCCCUCGCUGCACAGUCCAGCAGCCAGCAGUCCGACGGUGCCUCGGUCGAAGCCCGGCUCAUUCUUUCGUUGCGAGCAGACGAGGAGCCGUCCAGAGCGGAGAGCGUCGGCUCGGGAAGCCUGUACGAUGCCCUCGCGUUGGGGAUGGAGAUGGGAAACCCUCCCAGCUCCCCCCCACCCUACCUCAUCGCAUCUUCCGAAGACGGAUCGCCACAGGUGAUCGGCCAGUCCACAAGCGACGACGACGAUGACGACGACGACGAAGAAGAAAGGGAAGAGGCUGCGGCCAGCUCGUCCGUCGCUGUGGGCACGGACUCGGGCGAGAGAUCCGGCUCGUUGCAGAGCAACAGGGUGCUGCUGGCGCUGACGCCGCAACCACCACCGGCCGCAGCUGCGACGUCCGAAGCCGGUUUCCGUGAGCGACUUCCGCCGGAUCUGCAGACCAACUUCUCUCUCUCGGACGAGUGGCUGGGGUUCAGCGACGCGGACACGGCCGGCUCAGAGGCUGGCGGCGGCCAGGCGUCGCUCAGGGAGAGCCUGGGCUUCGUGCUCUCCUCGCUCGAACAGGAGUCUCCGGCCAUAAACGUGGUGGACGCUGCGGGCACGGAGAGCGGCGAUGACGACAACGACGAUGACGACGACGACGACGAUGGGCACGCGGAUGAUAUAGACGGACACAUCGAGGACAUGUACUUCAGUCAGUAUUCGGAAUGGUGAGGCCUGAAAAGCCAGCUUCUCUUCCGGCAGGAAUGCGAGGCUAACCAACGGCGCACCGCCCACCCAGACGUGCACAAGUAAAAAUGGUGAAGCGAUGUGAUGUUGAGGUUGAAUAAAUGAAUGUGGCGUCAAAGCGGAAUUUUUUGAUUCCGGCAAUAGUUUCGAAAAAUUGCGGGUUAAAGGGCAUUCUGAAAACAAGUACAUUUAAGGUCUCAUUUCAAACAGAAACGCCGCUAUGGACCUGUCUGACUGAUAGUUUGUUGUGCCUCUCGCCUUGGCAUAUCCUAAGGCUGGUAGGGAUGAUUUCCUUACACAAUACAACCAACACUGGUUUUGUUUUACUGACAAUUUUUAUUGUUUUUAGUUUGUGCUUUCACUGUGUUUCAUUAGCAAACAGUAUUGUAUUGUCCAUAUUACGAUACAGUGCAGAUAUAAUUUAACGAUG